GCAUGCUUCUUUUCUGUAGUCUAUUAAGUUUUUGUGAAUCUUGGACAUGCAGCCUCUAUGGUGAAUGAAGUGUCUUAUAGGUGUGUGAAUGAAUCAUUAUCUGCUCGAGAACUGGUUUCAGAUACAACUAUAGAGGUUCUCAUUGAUAUACCAUUUGCAUUUCAAGCUAUGCCUGUUGGACUUAUAGAGUCUACAGGAAACCAAGUUUUGCAACAAGUGCUUCGAGUGAUGCUGCCAAGAUUCCUAAGCCAGCUUGCCAAGGACUACAGGGCAUGGGCUUCUGGCGACACAUCUCGUCGACCCCUUGGAACAGGGCAUAUCUGAUAACAAUCUAGGAAGAGCAGAAAAAUAAAUAGAUUCCCAUUAUUUUAGGGGUGUGGUUUGUACCAGUAAAUUUCUUUUGUGCUAGUUUCUGUUUAAGAAUUUUUUAUUUUUGUAGUUGAUUGUUUGUUGGUUCUUUUUUCAAAUUGUCUUGCAUUUCAAUAUGUAUAUAACCCAGUAUUUAUUCAGAAAAAAGAAACACAUUCCUGCCACUUGCAUAUCAUCUGCGAGGAUGGGCACAUUCAGAGUCGUACUAUAAUGCUUUAUUAGUGAAGUAAGGUGGUGGUUCUCUCUAACCCCACUAAUUGUAUUGUAAUAUAGACUAAUUGUAAAGAUGGAAUGGAUAUGGUUUAUAUUCA